AUGGGUAUUUUCAUGAUAAUUGAUCAAGUAAUUAAAAGCCACAGGGACAUUGAUGGCUAUACCCUGAAUAAUGCAAUCGUUUGUUUUGUUAAAGGUUUAUUUCCUGCCAUUCUAAAUUUGGCUAGUAAUGCUCAUAUCCGCACCAAUGCCACAUGUGGGGAGAAGGGGCCGGAGAUGUUCUGCAAACUGGUGGAACACGUUCCCGGACGACCGGUACGCAAUGCCCAGUGCAGAAUAUGUGACCACAACAGUGCUAACUCCAAAGAGCAUCAUCCCAUCUCCAAUGCUAUCGACGGUACCAAUAAUUGGUGGCAGAGCCCCAGCAUUCAAAAUGGGCGGGAGUAUCACUGGGUCACAAUCACCCUGGACCUAAGACAGAUAUUUCAAGUGGCCUACGUCAUCAUCAAAGCGGCCAAUUCUCCCCGUCCUGGAAACUGGAUUUUGGAACGCUCGCUGGAUGGCACCAAGUUCACACCUUGGCAGUACUAUGCAAUUAGUGACACUGAGUGUUUGACUCGCUAUAAUAUCACACCAAGACUGGGGCCACCUACUUACAAGAGAGAUGAUGAAGUGAUAUGCACCUCUUACUAUUCUAGACUUGUCCCACUGGAGCACGGCGAGAUUCAUACAUCGCUGAUCAAUGGCAGACCCAGUGCUGAUGAUCUGUCACCCAAGUUAUUGGAAUUCACUUCUGCACGAUACAUCCGUCUCCGCUUACAGCGUAUUAGAACUCUUAAUGCUGACCUUAUGACCCUCAGCCACCGAGAGCCAAAAGAUCUGGACCCUAUAGUUACCAGAAGGUACUACUAUUCCAUAAAGGAUAUUUCCAUUGGAGGCAUGUGCAUUUGUUAUGGUCACGCUAGCAGCUGUCCUUGGGAUGAAACUUCAAAGAAACUACAGUGUCAGUGUGAACACAAUACAUGUGGUGAGACUUGUAAUACAUGUUGUCCCGGUUAUCAUCAACAACCAUGGAGACCCGGAACUAUUUCUUCUGGAAACACAUGUGAAGAAUGCAACUGUCAUAACAAAGCAGCAGACUGUUAUUAUGAUCAGAAUAUCGCAGAGCAGAAGAAGAGUGUAAAUAUUGCUGGAGAGUUUAUAGGUGGAGGUGUCUGUCUAAACUGUGCCCAAAACACUGCUGGAAUCAACUGUGAAACUUGUAUUGAUGGGUACUACAGACCACAUAAAGUUUCUCCUUAUGAAAAUAACCCUUGCCUCCCAUGUGAUUGUGAUCCAUUUGGAUCUCUCAGUUCCGACUGUAUUAAGGACGACAGCCAUGCUGACCUGCCGAAUGGGGACUGGCCAGGUCAGUGCCAAUGCAAAGAGGGCUACACUGGAGAAAAAUGCAACCGUUGCCAAUUUGGCUACAGGGGCUAUCCCCAUUGUGUACGCUGUAACUGUAGCCUGGCUGGCAGUGUGAAUGAUGACCCGUGCUCGGAGCCCUGUCUUUGCAAGGAAAAUGUCGAAGGUGAAGAUUGUGACCGCUGUAAACCAGGCUCCUAUAACCUGAAAGACAGAAACCCCCAAGGCUGCACAGAAUGUUUUUGCUUUGGAGUUUCUGAUGUCUGUGAAAGCCUUCCCUGGUCUGUCAACAAGGUAACUGAUAUGUCAGGGUGGGUAGUGACUGAUUUAUUUGGUGAAAACAAAAUCCAGACUCAGAGAAACCCGUUCGAUGGACUUCAUCAAAUUAGUAUUAACAACACUGUGGCUAUGAAAAUACUGAAAUCUACCUAUUACUGGUCCGCUCCUUCAUCGUAUCUAGGAAAUAAGCUGACUUCCUUCGGUGGCUACCUGAAUUAUACAGUGUCUUAUGAUAUUCCAAUGGAGACUUUGGACAGUGAUUUAGUGUCUCAUGCCGAUGUUAUCAUUAAGGGCAAUGGGCAGACUCUGAGCACUAGGGCUGAGGGUCUGUCUUUGCAACCCUAUGAGGAGUACUUCAAUAUGGUGCAGCUGGAUUCUGAGAACUUCAGGGACUUAAAUACUAAAAGAGAAGUAGACCGGGAUCAGCUCAUGACUGUUCUAGCCAAUGUGACACACCUCUUGAUCAGAGCUAACUAUAACACUGCAAAAAGAGCUCUAUACAGGCUAGAUGCAGUUUCUCUGGACACAGCGUUCCCUAACGCUAGAGACCCAGCCUUAGCCGCAGAUGUGGAACAUUGUGAGUGUCCUCAAGGCUACACAGGAAUCUCCUGUGAGUCUUGCAUCCCUGGGUAUUAUCGAGUGGGAGGAAUACUUUUCGGCGGGAUCUGCAGACCCUGCGAGUGCCAUGGGCAUGCGGCUGAAUGCAAUAUUCACGGGGUUUGUUCGGCUUGUCAGCACAAUACCACAGGGACCCACUGUGACCAGUGUGAACCCGGUUUCUAUGGCACCCCUGCCAAAGGGACAUCUGGAGACUGUCAACCCUGUGCCUGCCCCCUCACAACUGCCAGCAACAAUUUCAGCCCCACCUGCCACUUGGAGGAAGGAGAUGAACUCAUCUGCGACCAGUGUUCCCCAGGCUACACAGGCCCCUGGUGUGAAAGAUGUGCCGAGGGUUACUACGGAAACCCAACAGUACCCGGAGAGUCUUGCAUUCCAUGUGAUUGCAAUGGCAAUGUCGAUCCCCUAGAAGAUGGCUAUUGUGAUACGGUGACCGGAGAAUGUCUGAAGUGUAUUGGCAAUACCGGAGGCCCUCACUGUGAGAGGUGUACCGAGGGGUACUACGGCGAUGCCCUCGUUGCCAAAAAUUGUCGGCCCUGCGAAUGCCACAGCAAUAGCUCUCUAUCCAGUAUUUGCCACCAUGACUCUGGCCUCUGUCAGUGCAAACCAAAUGUGAUUGGACAGCAUUGCGAUCAGUGCUUGGAUGGAUUUUAUGGCUUGAACAUAGGGGUCGGCUGCCUCCCCUGUAACUGCAGUGAGUCGGGUUCUCUGUCUGAGGAUUGUAGCGAUGAGGGGCAGUGUCGCUGUAUACACGGAGUGUCGGGGGAGAAGUGUGAUCAGUGUGCUCAUGGAUUUUAUGCGUACCAAGAUGGUGGCUGUACACCUUGUAACUGUGCCUAUACUCAGAACAACUGUGAUCCACAGUCUGGAGAAUGCAUCUGUCCGCCUCACACUCAGGGACCAAAAUGUGAAGUCUGUGAAGAAGAGUAUUGGGGUCAUGACCAGGAGCUUGGAUGCAAGGCCUGCAAUUGCAGCAAUACAGGAUCAAGUAAUCAUCAGUGUGAUUUGUCAACUGGCCAAUGCCACUGCAAACGUGAAUUCGGAGGACAGAGUUGUGAUGAAUGUGCCUUAGGUUUCCGAGAUUACCCAGACUGUGUGCCCUGUGACUGUGAGAUCAACGGGACCAGAGAAGACACUUGUAAUGAGAAACAAGGGGCUUGUAGUUGUGAAGAUGAAACUGGAACCUGUUCUUGCAAGGAAAAUGUGUUUGGACUUCACUGCAGCGAAUGUAAAACUGGAACCUUUGCUCUUCAGGCUGAAAACCCCUUAGGUUGCACCCCUUGCUUCUGCUUUGGGCUAUCACGGUUCUGUUCUGAAGUGGAAGGCCACGUGAGACUACCAGUAACGCUGAGGCCGGAUCAGUCAGUCCUGCGAGUGGUCACUCAAAGCAACCUGACCGGCUCCGUCGAGGGAGUCUAUCAUCAGCCGCCUGAUGUGCUAUUGGAUGCUGAAACUGUUCUGCAGAAAGGGAAUGUGGAGCCUUUUUACUGGAGACUCCCAGAUCACUUCCAGGGGGACCAGCUCAUGGCUUAUGGAGGAAAGUUGAAAUACAGCGUUGCUUUUUAUGCUUUGCUUGGCACUGGGACUUCCAAUUUUGAACCUCAGAUUCUGAUCAAGGGAGGCCGCACUAGCAAAUUAGUCAUUUAUGUGGAUCUUCCUGCUCCUGAGAAUGGAGUGAGGACAGAGCAUGAAAUUGAUAUGAAGGAGCAUAUUUGGAAGUAUUUUAAUUCUGUGUCUGAAAAACCGGUAACACGCCCGGAUUUCAUGGCAGUUAUUAGCAACAUUGAAUACAUUCUCAUCAAGGCAUCCUAUGGUCAAGGCUUACAGCAAAGCAGAAUCUCGAACAUCUCAAUGACAAUUGGAGUCAAGAUGGAAGAGAGUCAUUCAGAGAGAGAGGAAGCCCACCUCAUAGAGAACUGUCACUGCCCAGCGGGCUAUGCAGGCCUCUCAUGCCAGAACUGUGCCCCAGGCUAUCAUAGAGCCAAGCUCCCAGAAAUCAGUAGAAUGGGACCCCGCCCACAAAUUGCAUCCUGUGUCCCUUGCCAUUGCAACAACCACACUGAGACCUGUGAUCCUGAAACCGGAAAAUGCCUGAACUGCAAGGAUAAUACAACGGGUGAUCACUGUAGUGUGUGCUCUCCAGGUUUCUAUGGAAAGGUCACUGGUUCUAUCAAUGACUGCUCUCUCUGUGCCUGUCCCAGGGCUGAGUCUUCCAGCUUUAGUCCGACCUGCGUGCUGGAAGGCGAGCAGGAUUUCCGCUGUGAUGCCUGUUUCCCGGGAUAUGAAGGACAAUAUUGUGAACGCUGUGCUUUAGGCUUUUAUGGAAAUCCUCAAGAGCCUGGUGGCAGUUGCCAUCAGUGUGAAUGCAGUCUUAGCGGCUCUGCGGAGAGAAACUGUGACCGCACAUCUGGACACUGUUUCUGUAAACCAGGGGUCACUGGGGUCCUCUGUGAUCAGUGUCAACUCAGGCAUAUCCUUGUGGAAAACGAAUGCAUCUCUUGUGAUGAUGACUGUGUCGGUGUCUUGCUAAAUGAUCUGGAUAAACUGAGUGAUGCUAUUUCUUCGAUGAACCUCACAGAAGUCGCCCCGGCUCCAUAUGGAAUUUUGUCUAAUUUGGAGAAUGUCACGAAACAUCUCAAGGAAUCUCAAUCCAGUGACCAUGUGCCUCUCUCAUUGGAGACAGCGAAAGGGCAACUUGAUGAUAUUUCAGAAAGCACAGAUCACAUGCAAAAAGAACUCAACAGGGUAUUGGAAAGUGGUGAGCUGUUGAAUAGUUCCAGCGAAAGAAUGCUGAGCAGGAGUCAAGAUUUAAGCACAUUUGUUGGCAAGCUGCAGAUGACCAUCAAUGAACUUGCUAAAGUGGCAACCACUCUAAAUGAGACUCUGGCUGCAGAUUUUCAGUUGUCCAACUCUACACUUCAGAAUAUGCGGGAAGACAUUGGAGCCAUGUUGGAAGAAAUGCGGAGAAGACAUUUCAGUCAACUACACCAAAAUGUUACAACUGAAAUCAAAGCUGCAGAGAAUUUGCUGUCACGGAUUCAAAAAUAUUACCAGAAACCACAGCAAGAUCUAAUGAAACUGAAAGAAGAUGCAAGCCAUUGGUUUUCCAAGCACAGCAGCAAGCUUCAAGAAGCUCAAGAUCUUGUAAAUGAAGCUCAUGCCAAAAUGAAGGAGACCAGACGUUUACUUCUCGCUCUGACAAAUAAUUUAGAAGAAUUAAAUGAAAAAGAGAUGAAUGUCCAAGAAAGCAGAAACGUAUCUGUGAUGCUUAUCGAUAAAGGCAAAAGCCUAAUGGAUCUCGCUGCUGCCCUUGCAGAAAACGUAAACAAUGCUACAUUGAACCUGGAGGUUCACUGGGACGAAUUCCUUCUCUGGUGUGCUAAGAUCCGACACCACGUGGACAACCUAGUCAUGGAAAUGUCCAAAAGGGGAGCCCUUGACCUAGUCUUCAAUGCAGAGGCCCGUGCAGCUGAGCUUCAAAGGCUUGCAGACUCAUUAGACAGGAGUCUCUCAGAUGUGAGAAAUGUUUCUUUCAGUACAUCUAAUGCCCUCCACACCCAUACCAAUGUUUGGGACCUGAUUAAAGACACAGAAAAACUGGCAGAAGAAACUUACAGGAUCCUACGUGACCCUCUGAUCUCUGAAGUAGAAGGCCUUGCUUCUGAUGGGAAAACCUUCCUCCAGCAGGGUUCCAAAUUACUCAAUGAAGCCAAUACUCUGAGUCGGAAAACUCAAGGUGUUAUGUCUGAAUUGAGUGAAUUGAAAAAAAAGGUACACAGGUUUCAAGAGAGUGCUCAUAAAAUUACUCACCGGCUUAAUGAUUCACUGCAGAUACUCAGAACUCUUCCUAAUGAAGACAUGUAUCUUCCAGGUGUCAGAGAAAAAACAUUUGGAAGCAAAGAGGUGGCCAUGUCAGCUAAUACAAGCGCAAUCAGUACAUUGAAUGACAUCAUGGACUUCAGCCAGAAGCUGCUGAAUACUUCCUCGGCCUUGUCCAGAGUCAACGCCACAUUACGGAGGACCAAUGAAUUCAUAAGUGACUCAUCAAAAGCUACUGUCUCAGCUGAGAGGAAAGUGAAAGAAGUGGAAAUACAAGCCAAUCUCUUAUUUGAUCGAUUGAAACCUUUGAAAAUGCUAGAAGAGAACUUGAGCAGAAACUUGUCUGAAAUUAAGGAACUCAUCAAUCAGGCCCGAAAGCAGGCAGCAUCUAUUAAAGUUGCUGUGUCUGCAGAUAGAGACUGUAUCCGUGCCUACCAGCCCCAGAUUUCUUCCACUAACUACAAUACCCUCACAUUGAACGUGAAAACAACGGAACCUGACAAUCUCCUUUUCUAUUUGGGGAGCAGUGCCAGUUCCGAUUUCUUGGCUGUCGAGAUGCGACGGGGCAAAGUAGCUUUUCUGUGGGAUGUGGGAUCUGGGUCAACCAGACUGGAAUAUUCCGACUUUCCGAUUGACAACAACCAGUGGUACAGCAUAUAUAUAACAAGGUUUGGAAACACGGGCUCACUAACUAUAAAGGAAAUAAGCUCGACUCAGAAGCCGUUAACGAAGACUGCUAAAUCCCCGGGGACGGCUAAUGUGCUGGACAUAAACAAGUCAACACUCAUAUUUGUUGGAGGACUGGGAGGGCAGAUCAAGAAAUCACCUGCCAUCAAGGUCACUCAUUUUAAAGGCUGUGUGGGGGAAGCAUCUUUGAAUGGAAAAUCCAUUGGUUUGUGGAAUUACAUCGAAAGAGAGGGUAAAUGCGAUGGGUGCUUCGGAAGUCUGCAGAAUGAAGAUUCUUCCUUCCACUUUGAUGGCAGUGGUUAUUCAGUUGUGGAAAAGACCCUCCGACCUACUGUGACUCAAAUAAUAAUGCUUUUUAGUACCUUCUCUCCUAAUGGGCUCCUCCUAUACCUUGCUUCCAAUGGCACUAGAGACUUCUUGUCCAUUGAACUGGUGGAUGGCAAAGUUAAGCUAACGGUUGACCUUGGCUCAGGACCCCUUGCUCUUAUUACAGAUAAACAUUAUAAUAAUGGAACCUGGUAUAAACUUGCAUUCCAGCGUAACAGAAAACAAGGGCUCUUGGCAAUUAUUGAUGCCCGUAACCCCAGUUCUAAAGAAACAAAGCAAGGAGAAUCUCCUGGUGCAUCCUCAGACCUCAAUCGUUCUGACAAGGAUCCGAUUUAUGUUGGUGGAUUACCUCGAUCCAGAGUUGUCAGAAAAGGGCUUAGAAGCAGAACCUACGUGGGCUGUAUUAAAAGCCUGGAAAUUUCCCGAACCACCUUUGACUUGCUCAGAAAUUCCUAUGGGGUGAGAAAAGGCUGCAAGCUAGAGCCGGUUCGCAGCAUCAGCUUUUGGGACGAUGGCUACCUGGAAUUGCCACCGAAGGCCCUGUCCCCAGAGUCUGCGUUGAUGGCAACAUUUGCCACCAAAAACAGUAGCGGCAUCAUCGUGGCGGGCCUCAGCAAGGGGAGAGCCAAGCGAAGUAGGAGGCAAGCACAUGUGCCCUUCUUUUCCAUCGUUUUGAUUGAGGGCCAUCUUGAAGUGCAUAUUAAUCCUGGUGACGGAAUGACAACGAGAAAAGUGGUCCUCCAUUCUACCACAGGAACGUUUAGUGAUGGGAGAGAGCAUUCCAUUAUCUUGAAAAGAAUUAAGAGAAUUAUCACAGUGCAAAUGGAUGACGGUAACCCUGCAGAAAUGAGAUUUGGACCACAGGCAGAAACCAGGAUUAUGAAUGUUUCUAACUUGUACGUAGGUGGAAUUCCAGUGGGAGAUGGCAGUUCUGUUUUGAAGAUGAGAAAAUCGUUUCAUGGGUGUAUCAAGAAUCUUAUCUUUGAUAUGGAACUUUUGGAUUUCACCAAUGCUCUAAGGCACGAACAAGCAGACAUGGAGAGUUGCUGGCUAUCAGAGAAGCCAAAGCCACCCACAUACCCAGAAGAUAUGGACAUUCAACCAGAGCCUCAGCCACUACCAAUUCCUGAACAGUGUGCAACAGAGGAAGUGCUAGAUUACAUUCCUGGAGCUCAUCAAUUUGGUCUUGCUCAAGGCAGCCACUUGGUGCUUCCUUUCAACCACUCUACUGUCAGGAAGAAGCUUUCGGUCCAGCUGACUCUCCGGACCUUGGCCCUGGAUGGACUGAUUUACUAUAUGGCUCAUCAAAACCAGGCUGACUAUGCAGCUCUACAGGUUCAUGGGGGUCAUCUGCACUUUAUAUUUGAUCUCGGAAAAGGAAAGGCAAAGGCUGUCCAUCCUGCACUCAUCAGUGAUGGGAAGUGGCACUCGGUUAAGACAGAAUACAUUAAAAGAAAAGGCUUCAUCAUCGUUGAUGGACAGGAGUCAGCAACUGUGACAACCAAUGGUGAUGGCAAUACCUUAGAUGUGGAGGGAAAGCUGUAUCUCGGGGGACUUCCCUCAGCAUACAGGGCCAAGAAUAUUGGCAACGUCACUCACAGCAUCCCCGCGUGCAUCGGCGAUGUGGUGAUUAACGGUAAACAACUGGACAAGGAGAGCCCCAUUUCUGCCUUCGCUGUGAACAAGUGCUACGUGACGGCACAGGAAGGCACUUUCUUUGAUGGAAGUGGAUUUGCUGCUCUUGUUAAAGAAGGCUAUAAAGUUCGAUCUGAUGUCAACAUCACCCUUGAGUUUCGGACCACUUCUAUGAACGGUGUUCUCCUGGGAAUCAGUAGUGCUAAAGUAGAUGCUGUUGGACUGGAGCUCAUAAACGGCAAGGUUUUGUUCCAUGUCAACAAUGGAGCUGGUAGAAUAACAGCAGCCUUCGAACCAAAAGCCACAAGAAGUCUAUGCGAUGGGAAGUGGCAUCAACUUCAAGCCAACAAGAGCAAACACCGAAUCGUUCUUAUUGUUGACGGGAACAUCACUCGGGCCCAAAGCCCUCAUGUCCAUUCCACUUCUGCGGACACCAACAAUCCCAUCUAUGUUGGUGGCUAUCCAGCGGAGGUGAGACAGAACUGCCUGACCAGCCAGCUGCCCUUCCGGGGCUGCUUGAGGAGACUCAUGCUGUCUAAGGGUCAGCAGGUGGAAGACUUCGACCUGAGCAGAGCCUUUGACCUGCGUGGGGUCUUCCCUCAUUCUUGCCCCGGUGCCGAGCUCUGAACCUCAGAAACGCUACAUGGGUGUGAGAGGGCGUGCCGGGAUCUUCACUGAAGAGGAAAUUCAACUUAGAAUCCAAGUCUCCCCUGUUAAAAUACAACUCUAGAUGGCUAUGUCUCAAGUUAUAUGCUAGGAUUCCUUCUAACUGAAAUUAUGUUUGCCACAAAUACCUCUACUCAACUGUCUCCCAGCUGCCCAGCAGAAACUGGGGUUCUUUAAACAGUUAUAUUCAUCAGGGUUUACAAUCAAGGUUGCAUUAUGUUGUGUAUUGGUCCUUUUAUUAAAAAAGAAAAGCAUCAUUUGAAAAGAAUAAAAGUAUGAUGAAAUGUG